AUGCAAGCCAGCACCAGGGAUAUCAAGAAGGAGUUAUCUUGCCUCAAUAAACAGAUUCAGGGAACAGAGGAAAAAUUAAAUGCAAUGGAACAAAGAGAAAUAAUUCACAGAGAGGACUAUUUGGCACUGGAAAGAAAAAUGAUAGAAAUGGAGAACAAACCGAUGGACGCUGAAGAUAGAUCUAGGAGGAAGAACCUAAGAAUCAGAGGAAUACCAGAACAAGUAACUACUAAAAAUCUAGAGCCAUAUAUAGAGGAUUUCAUCAAACACCUGGAUGUGGAGUGGGACUUCAGAAUCCCUACUAUCGAAAGAUGUCACAAAGUAAAUAAACCAAGAGGAGUCCCAGACCUCCCGCCAAGAGAUGUGAUGUUACGUUGCACUUCCUUUAAACUCAACACCCAAAUAAUGAGUGCCUUAAGAAGUAAAAAAUGUGCUCAAGAGUAUGAAACCCUGAAAGUAUUUCAGGAUUUAUCCUGGUCAACUACACAGAAGAGGAAAACCUUCGCCGACAGUACAAUAAUCUUAAGAAACAAUAAUAUUAAAUACCGCUGGGGUUCCCCAUAA